AUGGACCAGAUCCAGUGUGGGGACCAGAUCCAGCAUGGGGUCAGUUUGCAACUGCGGGCGCUGAGCGGGAUGAUCGCGGGCUCGCUGCCCCCCCGCCUGGUGAAGCUGGCCCAGGAGGUGGGCGCCAGCCCCGCGGGCCCCGCCGGCUGGGCGGGCGGCAACGACACGGGCUGCGGGGAGCAGAUCCUGAGCUACGGCCAGGCCGAGAAGGUGGUCAUCGGGGCCGUGCUGUCGCUGCUCACGCUGCUGACCAUCGCGGGCAACUGCCUGGUGGUGAUCUCCGUCUGCUUCGUCAAGAAGCAGCGGCAGCCGUCCAACUACCUGAUCGUGUCGCUGGCGCUGGCCGACCUGUCGGUGGCCGUGGCCGUGAUGCCCUUCGUCAGCGUCACGGACCUCAUCGGGGGAGAGUGGAUCUUCGGGCGCCUCUUCUGCAACGUCUUCAUCGCCAUGGAUGUCAUGUGCUGCACGGCCUCCAUCAUGACCCUGUGUGUCAUCAGCAUCGACAGGUACCUUGGAAUAACAAGACCUCUUACAUAUCCUGUAAGGCAGAAUGGGAAGUGUAUGGCUAAAAUGAUCCUCUGCGUAUGGCUCUUAUCUGCCUCUAUCACUAUCCCACCCCUCUUUGGUUGGGCCCAAAAUGUGAAUGAUGAAAAGGUUUGUUUAAUCAGUCAAGACUUCGGCUAUACAAUUUACUCCACUGCAGUUGCAUUUUAUAUCCCAAUGUCAGUGAUGCUUUUCAUGUACUAUCAGAUUUAUAAAGCUGCCAAGAGGAGUGCUGCUAAACACAAGUUUGCUGGCUUCCCACGGCCAGAAGAAACUGAAGGGAUUUCUGUGAAUGGAGUUGUAAAACUACACAAGGAAUCUGAAGAAUGCACAAAUUUUUCACGACUCCUUAAACACGAUAGAAGAAACAUUUCCAUCUUCAAAAGGGAACAGAAGGCUGCCACUACUCUUGGAAUUAUUGUGGGGGCAUUUACUGUGUGCUGGCUUCCAUUUUUCAUACUUUCAACUGCCAGACCCUUUAUCUGUGGUACAGCAUGCAGCUGCAUCCCAUUGUGGGUUGAGAGAACAUUUCUGUGGUUGGGUUAUGCAAAUUCUCUUAUUAACCCUUUUAUAUAUGCCUUCUUCAAUCGGGACCUGAGGACAACCUAUCGCAAUCUACUUCAAUGCAGAUAUAGAAAUAUCAACCGGAAACUGUCAGCUGCAGGGAUGCAUGAGGCUCUGAAGCUUGCAGAAAAGCCAGAAUUUGUGCUGUAAGGUCAUUUAACCUUUAUUACAAACCUUCGUUGUUUUGUACUCUAACUUUUCCCUCUGAGUUAGAAGGUGAAUCAUGACCUUGUACUUCUUGAAAUCAUUAAUUGCCUGUUUAGAUGCAUCUA